GUGGCGGCGGCCGGUCGGCGUCACUCUGAGGGAGGGAGGGAGGGAGGCGAAGGAUGCGGGCGCUGGUGGCGCUGUGGGCGGCCGUGGUGGCUGUUCUGGGGACGGAGGGCAUCCCUCCUCACGAGGAGGCGGCGCGCGUGGCUCGCUUCGUGGCUCACGCCUGCGACUGGGGGGCCCUGGCCACGCUCUCGGCCCAGGAGCCCCCCAUGCGGGGCAGGCCCUUCGCCAACGUCUUCUCCCUCAGCGACGGCCCCGCAGAGUCCCCGGGCAGCGGCGUCCCUUACCUCUACCUCACGGCCCUGGAGGUCUCCGUCAAAGACCUGCAGGUGAGGGACACACACCAGGCUAUGAGGAUGAUGGCGCUGCUAUUGCCAUU